UCAACAGCAGCCUUUGAGUUGCAUUUUCACCGCUUUCAACCAAGACCCCACAAUAAACGGUACGAUAUCCACGAUGGCAAAGCAUAAGAUCAGCCUCCUGAUUGCCAUAGUGAUGGCACUGAUUUUCUUCAUCAUCACUAUGGUGUUCACUGCUCUGGCAGGGACAGGAAUAUAUCCAUUUCUGUCAAGCACUGCUAACAUCUCAGAUGAGUAUGUAACCCAGAUCACACCAUCAGGAUGGACCUUUACCAUUUGGUCAAUCAUUUACACCUUCAUGGCUUUAGUGUUGCUCUACCUCUUGUCUGGGAUCUUUAGGAAGAAUGCCUAUGGUUAUGUCUACUGCAGCCCUCCUGUUCUGCCACAUGGAUUUUUUGUGGCUUGGUGCUUGAACCUGGGCUUGAAUACUGGAUGGCUUCUCUUGUGGGACAGAAGGUUCAUGUCUGCUGCUCUGGCCUUCCUCAUCCUGAUCGCUCUGACUAAUUAUGCUGUGAUAUUCUUCUCCUGCUAUGGUCUCCACAACUACGGAGCCUGGCUCAACAAAUACCACAAAGUAGACCUGUGGCUCCACCGUGUGUUGAUUCAAAAUGGCGUAGCCAUAUAUGCAACAUGGACAACCAUCGCUUCCCUGGUUAACCUGACUAUUGUGCUGAAUUAUAACAUGUCCCAGACGGAUGCUGCCACCGUCUCGCUUUCUAUUUUGACUGUAGUGUUAUUUGUGUGGUUUAUCCUGGAGAAUUCUGUCCUCGACAAACAUGUGAGGUUGAUUCUCAGCAUUUACCCUGUGGUGAUCUGGGCACUGACGGGCGUUUUCAUGAAUAACUACAACACUGCAGAUCCUACUUUCAAUAAUAUCUUUAUUGUCUCCCUGUUGGCUGUAGCCUGUGCCCUGUUUGUUACGCGGAUAUUUUUGGUCAUUUGGAGGCAAAUCAAGCAGCCAUUUUACCAAGAUAAUGACCCUGAAGACAUGUCUCCAAUGGAGAUCGCCAAGAAUCAGAAAAUAAUAUUUAAGUGAGUGUGCUGAUAGAAAAUUUAUCUGCAUAGAUUCAGUACAGUUUCUGUAUGAAAUGUACUUCUAAAUGCUUUGUAUAUGUUGUAAUUGUUGACUUUUGUCUUGGAGACUCUGCUGACACAUGAUGAAAUGAAAUGAUAUGACACUAAAAUCCAUUUUAAGUUGUCUCACGUACUCAGCUAUGAAUACACUCUGUACUCAUACUGUACAUAUGCAUGUAAUAUUACUGUUUGCUUUCGUUAAAAAUAAAUAUUUUUGUUCCUCAAUUUUUGUUCAACAAAUACUACAUGUAGAGUACACAGCGAUAUUGUAAUGAUAAGGAUAGAUGAUCACUGAUCACUCUGUAUAUCAGGAACACAAGGCUACUUUAUGUUGCUACUAUCCUGCCUCUGCUGCAUGUUUAACCACUUUGUCUUUCAUGCUAAUUGUACUGUACAUACCAGGCCCUUUACUGUCAGAUGUAAUGUUUUCUUGUGUUUGGCCCCUCUCUGUUGAGAGGCUGAACCUUUCAUUUGAAAUAGAUCCCUCAGAAAAUAAAAAAAUG